CUGCUGCAACACUCAGAGCACACCCUGCCAACGAGCCAGCGUUAGCUAACACGCACAGACAUGUCGGGGAAGAGUUUUCGAGUUAGCGACGGGGACUGGAUUUGUCCUGAUAAAAAGUGUGGAAACGUGAACUUUGCUAGAAGAACAAGUUGCAACAGAUGUGGUGGGGAGAAAACCACAGAGGCAAAGAUGAUGAAAGCUGGAGGAACAGAGAUUGGGAAAACUCUGGCUGAGAAGAGCAGAGGCCUCUUCAGUGCAAAUGAUUGGCAAUGCAAAACAUGUGGGAAUGUCAAUUGGGCUCGGAGGUCAGAGUGCAACAUGUGUAACACCCCAAAGUAUGCCAAGCUUGAAGAGAGAACAGGUUAUGGUGGAGGUUUCAAUGAAAGGGAGAGUGUGGAAUACAUUGAACGGGAGGAAUCCGAUGGUGAAUAUGAUGAAUUUGGUAGGAAAAAGAAAAAGUUCCGUGGAAAGCCCGGCAGCACAUCGCCCACAAGUGAAAAGAAAGAAGAAGCAAAGGUUCAAGUUGAGGAGGAGGAAGAGGAGGAAGAAGAAGAGGAGGAGGAAGAGGGUGACCUUUCCAAAUACCAAUUGGAUGAUGAUGAAGAUAAUGAUGAAGGAGGAGAUGGCGAAGGCGAGGGAGACCUGUCAAAGUACGACCUAGAUGCCAGUGACGAGGAGGACAAGCCUGCCAAGAAAAAAGGGAGUCGUUCGGGUUCGUCCCGUUCAACUUCGCGCUCCUCCAGUUCACGGUCGAGGUCCAGGUCCCGCUCUAGAAGCUCAUCCAGUUCCAAGUCAGGAUCUCGCUCGAGGUCCCACUCCAGAUCCAGUUCCAAGUCUGCAAAGGGCUCCUCUCCCAAGAAGAGGUCCCUCUCACCUUCCUCCUCACCGGAGAAGGGACAGAAGCGCAGUCGCUCCAGGUCCUCAUCUGGAGAGAGAAAGCGGAGACGUUCUAGAUCACAUUCGUCUGAAAGGCGCUGCGGCCAGUCCUCUGGAUCAUCCGAUUCUGGCUCCAGUUCAAAAAAGAAAUAACUUAAUUGCAGCCUUUAAAACAAGUAAACGAACCUUAGUAGAAAAGUGCAUGUUGUGUUUCGAGGAUACAACGACAUAUUUUCAGUAUGCUGUCCAUUUUCCUAGAAAAGUCUUAUUUCCCUCAAAAGACAGCGUCAACAUGGCUUCUCUCUGCCGUUGCCCAUCGAUACAAGCUCCCUUUUCAAAACCACAUACACCCCAAUCUGUGACAGGUGUCCGUAACGGCAGGUGUCCAAUGUCUCCUAGAAAGUCAGAUAUACUGUGAAGAGGCUGUAUGGCCUUUUAACCCCUUAUCUUCAUAGCAGUACAUUUUAUUCUACUCAUCUGUGGAGAAAUUUAAGUAACUCUUUUUCUAUUAUUUAAAUUUCCGACCACUUAAUUUUUUUUUAUGAAUAUUCUUUUUUUCAAAUAAUAGGUGAAGUACUUAAGCACCAAUUUUCAAUAACAGACGUAGCAAUGAAGUUUGGCCCCGUUGUAUUUUCUUCAUAAAUAUAUAUAUUUUUCUUUGUUUUCAAGGUAAGUAUUUUACUUUACGAAAUUGAUUGUUUUAACUAAAUGACAGAAAAUUCUUUAGUUUAGUUGUUUACUGGGUUUUUUUUACACCGUUGUCGCCUGUUUUACCACCUAAUUACUCCUCUUAAUUUGUCACUAUUACAUUAAAAAAAAUAUGUGAUAUUCGUGCUCCAGAUUAAUACAACCAGAAUAACAACACCGUACAGUAUAUCCCGAAUAAAUGGUAGUGUGGCAAUACUACUUUAUUGGUGAAACAACUCAAAUGUACACUUGUAAAUAAACUCCUGUUGAAAUGGUU